AUGGCGAGCUGUUCCUACCGCAACAGUUCCAGCUACAGGGUCCAGGACUUCAGCUCCUGCUCAGCCAUUGUGCCCAAGCCUGGGGUGCAUGGCUUUGCCAAUGGCCUGGCCUUCCGCGGGGGCAGCCCCGGGGGCCCCAGCUACCGUCGUCUCGGGGGCUUUGGCAGCCGGAGCCUGUGUGCAGUGGGGUCCCCGCGGAUCGCAGUGAGUUGUGCGUGGCCCCUCCGAGGAGGGGGAAGCUUUGGCUACAGGGCAGGGGGACUCUGCGGGCCUACCCCACCCUGUAUCACCACUGUGUCGGUCAACGAGAGCCUCCUCACACCCCUCAACCUGGAGAUGGACCCCAAGGCGCAGUGCGUGAAGCACGAGGAGAAGGAGCAGAUCAAAUGUCUCAACAACAAGUUCGCUGCCUUCAUCGACAAGGUGCGCCUCCUGGAGCAGCAGAACAAGCUACUGGAGACCAAGCUGCAGUUCUACCAGAACCGCCAGUGCUGCGAGAGCAACCUCGAGCCCCUGUUCAAUGGCUACAUCGAGACACUGAGGCGGGAGGCCGAGUGCGUGGAGGCCGACAGCAGGAGGCUGUCCUCAGAGCUCAACCACGUGGAGGAGGUGCUGGAGGGCUACAAGAAGAAGUAUGAAGAAGAGGUGGCUCUCAAGACUACGGCUGAGAAUGAGUUUGUGGUGCUGAAGAAGGACAUCGACUGUGCCUAUCUGCGCAAGGCUGACCUGGAGGCCAACGUGGAGGCCCUGAAGGAGGAGAUGAGCUUCCUGCAGUGCCUGUACGAUGAGGAAAUCUGCCUCCUUCAGUCGCAAAUCUCUGAUACCUCGGUGGUGGUCAAGAUGGACAACAGCCGGGAGCUCAACAUGGACGCGGUUGUGGCUGAGAUCAAGGCUCAGUAUGAUGGCAUCGCCAGCCGCAGUCGGGCUGAGGUUGAGUCCUGGUACCAAACCAAGUGCGAGGAGAUGAAGGUCACAGUAACACAGCAGGGUGAGAACCUCCGCAGAACCAAGGAGGAGAUCAAUGAGCUGAACCGCAUGAUCCAGAGGCUGACAGCCGAGGUGGAGAACGUCAAGCAGCAGCGCUGCAAGCUGGAGACUGCCCUGGCCGAGGCGGAGCAGCAGGGCGAGGCGGCCCUUAACGAUGCCAGGUGCAAGCUGGUGGGGCUGGAGGAGGCCCUGCAGAAGGCCAAGCAGGACAUGGCCUGCCUGCUCAAGGAGUACCAGGAGGUGAUGAACUCCAAGCUGGGCUUGGACGUGGAGAUCGCCACUUAUCGCAAACUGCUGGAGGGCGAGGAGAGCCGGUUGUGUGAAGGUGUGGGCUCCAUCAACAUCUGUGUGAGCCGUUCCCAGGGUGGCGUGAUCUGCGGGGACCUUGGUUCCACUGUCCCUCGUGGCCUGGGUGGCAUGGCCAUCAGCAGCAGUGCUCUUUGCUCCCCCUCUGUAGGGGGAGCCUGUUCCAGUGUGAGAUCUGUGAGGUUUGCAUAG